AGCUGAGAGGUGAUGCAGUUGGAGAAGUGGUGAAUGUCAAGGCCUUGGGCAAGUUGUGAAAUGAGAGAUGUGUGCAUCAGCAUUGCGAGAUAACUGAAGGUGUCAGCACACCUACCCUAUCCAUGAGAUCCAGAGCAUUGUCAAAAUGUUCAGCACCAAAAGAUUAAAGAAAAAGUCCCAGUCAGUGGACAUGACUGCUGCUGGAUAUGGCAGUCCAAUGGCAGUUCCUGAUCCAUCACCACAAAGUGAUGUGGUACCAGCUGUCCUCAAGACAACCAGGUCAGAAGAGAUGCAGAACAAUGGUGCCAACACACAGAAACGUAAUACUAAACGAAGCGAGCUCCACAGAUAUUAUACAAUAGAUACCGGACAGAAGAAGCUUCAGGAGAAGAAAGAUACACGGUGGAUGUCUUCCCAGAAGCCCAAAGGGACCAUAGAAUACACGGUUGAAUCAAGGGACUCGUUGAAUAGCAUUGCUCUCAAGUUUGACACUACGCCUAAUGAGCUUGUGCAGCUGAAUAAGUUAUUCUCCAGAGCUGUGGUUCCAGGCCAGAAUCUCUAUGUUCCUGACCCAGACUAUAUUUCCAGUGUGGAGAGUUCACCGUCACUGAGUCCUGUCAGUCCUUUAUCUGCAACAUCUUCGGAAAUAGAGUUUGAGAAGCCUUUGGAUGUGGAAAAUGUUCAACAUAAAGAUUCAACUGUUUCACCAACUCACAGCGGUAUCCGGCCUGCAAGGGUGGUAUCCUCCACUUCCGAGGAAGAGGAAGCUUUUACAGAGAAGUUUCUUAAAAUUACAUGCAGAUACGUAACUUAUGACAAGGGAGCAGUCUCUGGUGUCCUUCUUGUGACUCCCAACAACAUUAUGUUCGAUCCUCACAAGCAUGAUCCUUUAGUAAAAGAACAUGGCUGCGCGGAGUAUGGCAUCAUGUGUCCCAUGGAGGAGAUCCUUUCUGCUGCUAUGUACAAGGAUGUUUUGGACAGUAAAAUCAAAGAAUCUUUGCCUCCAGAACUAAAAUAUUCUGCAUCAAUCAAAGAUGUACAUCAAUUACACCAGAUUACAAGCAAUACAGAAGAGAUUGAUUCCAAAUUACGAGACACAGGGAACGACAGCACUAGUACAGCACCCCGAAGCACAGAGGAGUCCUUGUCUGAAGAUGUAUUCACUGAAUCGGAACUCUCCCCUAUUCGAGAGGAGCUGAUGUCUUCUGAUGAGCCUCGGCAAACAAAAUCAUCAGGAGCCUCUUUGGAAUCUGUGCAAACAAUAAACCAGGCUGCUCUGGAAGGAUGCCUCUUGCCUUCAUCUGUGGAGGUGCCAGAAACUAAUGAUGAAAAAUUAUUGACUCAUACUGAUGACAUUCCAGCUAGCAAAGCAGUUGAAGUAAAGGGAAAUGGACACCAAACUGUGGAAAAAUCUCUGAGCGACGGCAGCACUGCUGAUUCUGGUGCACAUCAAAGGGAGGGCGAGCAGCGUCCCCCUGAUAGUCAUAAUGUCAGCAGUGAGCACCAAGACGCUGAAGCUAAUGAACUAAAUGUAGCAAACAGAACAACUCCGACUGCACUUGCUUUGGAUUCCUCAGAGGUGUGCGAGCAAGAGAGCACGGACGAGACAAGGAAAUCGGGGGAACGGUGUGCUCGGGAUUCAGAGACUGAGGUGGAGGAGCUGCGAAAGCUGUGGAAGACUCAUACUAUGCAACAGACCAAGGAGCAAAGGGAAACGGUACAACAGGCUUCCAACAAAGAAGUCAGGCAGAAAACUGGGCAAGUUACAGAAGGAUCUCUAGAAGGUAAUAUUGUAGCAAAGGAGAAAAGGCGGCAUCGCUCUCAUAAAUUCCUGUGCUUGAGAGUUGGAAAACCAAUGAGGAAGACGUUUGUGUCUGUAGCAAGUGCAUCCAUGCAACAGUAUGCCCAGAGGGACAGGAAACACGAAUAUUGGUUUGAAGUGCCACAUGAAAGGGCCGACCACCUGUAUGUUUUCUUCGUACAGUGGUCUCCUGACAUGUAUGGCAAUGAAUCCGGAGAGUCAUCGAAGGAGCCAGGAUUCAUGGUUGCAUCAAGGAACGAGGAGUCUGAAAUGAGCGAGUGUUCCAUCAAUGAAUCAACAUUAAAAGAUUGGGAGGUAGUAUCAGUGACUGAGUACCAUCGCAGGAUCGAUGCUCUUAACACUGAAGAACUGUGCAAGCUCUGCAGACGUCUCAAGAUAACGACACGGGAAGAAACCAGUCUAAGGCAAAAUGCAACUUCAAAGCCUGACUUGGAACCUGAAACGUUUCGGCCAAACCUGAGUGAAAAGAGUGAACUGCUCCAAACAGAUCAGAUUGAAAAGCUUGCUAAAAAUCUGCCUCCUCGAACUGUUGGCUACCCGUGGACUCUAAUUUACAGCACUUCAAAGCAUGGCAUGAGUCUGAAGACACUGUACCGUAGUAUGACAGGUGUCGAUACACCAAUGCUGCUAGUUAUUAAAGACAGCGAUGGCCAGCUAUUUGGUGCACUAGCAUCAGAGCCAUUUAAAGUUAGCGAUUGUUUUUAUGGCACAGGGGAGACGUUCCUUUUCACAUUUUAUCCAGAAUUUAAGAUCUUCAAAUGGACAGGCGAUAAUAUGUUCUUCAUCAAAGGAGAUAUGGAUUCCUUGGCUUUCGGUGGCGGAGGAGGAGAAAUUGGACUGUGGUUGGAUGGAGAUCUGUACCAUGGGCGUAGCCAUGCUUGUAAAACAUUUGACAAUCGCAUCCUUUCAAAGAAAGAAGAUUUCUAUGUACAGGACAUUGAAAUAUGGGCUUUUGAGUGAAAAAUACUUUGCAUAAGCACUAAAGAGAUUAAAGUCUCUCACGAAUGUCGGACCCCAAAACCCACGUGUAUCAGUACAGCAAAGCUGAGUCUCGGCAUAUCAAGACUGACACUUGCUCCCUCGUUCCUGUCUUCAGUAGAGCAACCCAGCCACUUUUGUUAAAAGGUUAAUAGAGUGAAAUUGCUUUAAGUGUUGAAGCUUAUUGAACAUAACUGAAGUGUUGAUGUCACAGUUGUCUGAUAUAUAACAUACUUAAAUUCUAAGCACCAGCCUUUGGGUUUUCUUGAGUUAAUUUGAUUUCAGUUUGAUGGCACAUCAGACUGAAUCCUGACUUGCUGCAAUCAGAUACAUGAUCAGGUCAAAACCAAGCAAAUAAAUAUUAAUAGCUCAUGGAUGUAAAUCAAAUGGAACUUGGUUUUGACAGGGUAAAACUGUUCCUCAUGUUGUUACUUCAAGUUUAGGAUAGACACUGUAAACAUUUUGGGUUUGGUGACAAAAGAAGCUCGGAUUGCUCCACAUGUUCAACUAUUUUUAAACAAUAUUGCAGUCGUGUUGCAAAACUAAUGGAAAAAAAAGAAAUGUGUCAAGAAAUUUAAAAUCCUCAUGUCAGCAAAAUGUUACAGGUUUGUCUAAUUCUGCGAAGAUGGAGUAUAUUUAAUAUUUAUUGGGCAAGCAUAUAUCUAUCCUACUAUUGAGCUUCAUAGCACACUAAACUCCCAAGCACAUACAGAGUACUCAUAGUUGUGCUGUCUGUCAAGGUGUGUACAUUGUGACUGCAACUAAUACCACAGGAUAGUGUAGGCACUGUUGAGAGUAGGAUCAUUUUUUUAGAUUUGUGAAAUUUGCAGAUUAGUCGUGACCUCAAACAACCUUGGCCAGCAAUGUUUCACAGUAAUUUCUGGCCCUGUCAAAGCAAAUGAAUAGAGCCAGCAGUAGAUUAACAGUCUCAGAAAGCAAAGGUUUCUCUGUAUUUAGUCAAGUUUGAAACCUGUUUUUUGAAAAAUAAAAAUAUUUAUGUUUUGGGCGUGAUGGUGACUUCUAGUGCUGAAAAUCCAGCUGUUCCAAAUGCAUUGUAUAUUAACCUGUAAAUUAAAGUAAAAUAUACACUGUACUGCAGUUUAGAAAACUGGAAAUGGUGAAUUGAUUAUAAUGUUUUGAAUUACAAUAGAAAUUAACUCAGGCCAUUUAAUUUCAUUGGCUUUAGUUGCAGCCAAUUCUUUAGUACAUUUCCAAAUAUAAGUUUUUGGAUUGUUGGAAGAGAGUUUGCUGCUACAGUUCAAAAAGGCAUAUUUUCUGAACUAUGUUUAUGCUGAAUGUGAAAAAUACAUUAAUUUGCUCUGUUUUUGCCUAAUGUACUGUAACUUUGAUAGGAUGUGGCCUGACUGUUUACAGAUUUUUUUUCAAAUUGAAUUACAAAAUAAAUAUAGCAGCUUUUCUUCCCCUUCAGUCUUCCACAGCAGUAUUAUUGUCUUUGUGGAGUUGCCGCUACCUAUAUAAAAAAUAUAUAUUUAAAAGUCCUAGAAUUAUCACGGUACUGCAAUGUAAUGGUGAUGUAUAGUAGAAUAAAUUAUUGGAACCAUU